AUGACCUCCAAGACAGGCCUCUUCACGUUAGCCGAGGCGGGUUUCAAAUGGGCUGACACGGUGAGAAGGCCACACCCCUUCAGACCUUCAGACAUACUAAACUCAGCGCUCAGACGACGGAGGCGUACUGUCCGGGCAAAGCUGGGCACUAUCGCCGAUGCCAUGGACGAAAUCCUUAGUCUUUGUGCAAGGUCUGACAUGUUCACUGCUCACAAUGGCGUGGUUAUGAAUGCCAGAAUCUAUGAGGCUCUCAACGAGGGCCAAAUGGCCAUCGUGCCAGAUGUUGACCCGGGCCCGCUGGAGUUCGAGGAGAGCUUUCGUACCUGGGAGACGGUCCCCGUCAAAGAGUGCAAGAUGGCUGUUCUGGAUCAUGAUAAUGAGCCGGUAACGAGGUACCGCAUUCUCGACAUUCAUAAGCACACCUCAUGA